CUCCAGCAACACCGCAUGGCUACUCCACUGCUGAGAGACGUGACACCGCCUGCCCUGUCCCCUUCCACGCCCUUACCUGCAGCCUAUGACUCUGCUGGGCAGCACAGCACGGGCUGCAGCGUGUCACCUGAGUUGGGAGACAGGAGCAUGGAGAAGGCCUUGGAGGAAGGGAAGUUGCUGCAGGGGGGUCUCUGUGUCAGGGAGACCCUGGAGACAGUGUGCAGUGCUCAGCUGAGCAUUGCAGUGACAGAGGACUCCGGCAAUGGCGUGUCCUCCUUCGUCAAUGUGCUGAGGGGCCUCGGGCACGAGGAGGAGACCUCAGCUCCCACUGGGGUGGUGAGGACCACCCAGAGUCCCACCAGCUACUCAUCCUCCUGUCUUCCCACUGUGAUGCCGUGGGACCUGCCCGGCAUGGGGGCUGCUGCGCAAAGCCUGGAGAACCAUCUUGGGGAGAUGCCGUUCAGCCAAUAUGACCUCUUUAUCAUCACGGCAUCCGAGCAGUUCAGCAUGAAUCACGUGAGGCUCGCCAAAACCAUCCAGGGCCUGGGAAAGAGGUUCUCCAUCGUGUGGACCAAGCUGGAUAGGGACCUGAGCACGAGUGUCCUCUCAGAGGACCAGCUCCUGCAAAACAUCCGGGGGAAUAUCUGGGAAAAUCUCCAGAAGAGGGGGAUAUGUGAACCCCCCACAUUCCUGGUGUCCAACCAUGACCCUUUAUUGCAUGACUUCCCAUGGCUUAGGGACACAUUGUACAGGGACCUGUCUGACAUCAGAUGCUGCAGUCCACUACAGACCCUAUCCCAAAUUUGUCACAAGAUCUGUCUUCGGUGGCAUCCAGCCAUGGGUCAAUGCUCACCCUCCCGUGCAUCUCGUCAAAAGGCUCAUGAUUUGCUCUCCGGCUUUGGAAAAUUUGCUGAGAAGUUCCACCUAGAAACAAAAAUCAUCUCUCAGGAAACCACCACUUUGAUUCAAUCAUCCCUGAAGGCGGGGGACUUUCAGAAGACUAUUACUGAGAUCAAUGAGGCAUUGAGAGACAUUGAGAAUGCCCCACUGAGUAUUGCUGUGACUGGGGAGACUGGGUCAGGGAAGUCCAGUUUCAUCAAUGCGCUGCGUGGGGUUGGCAAUGAGGGAGAAGGUGCUGCCCCCACUGGGACGUUGGAGACCACCAUGGAGAGAACUCCAUACAGAAAUGAGAAAUUUGUCAACGUGACAAUAUGGGACCUGCCUGGCUUGGGGUCAACUAGCUUUAAGCCACAGAAAUAUCUAAAGAAAAUGAAGUUUAAUGAGUAUGACUUCUUUAUUAUCAUCUCUGCUACACGCUUCAAAUUAUAUGAUACAAAACUGGCCAAAGCAAUUGGAAAAAUGGGGAAGAAUUUCUACUUUGUUCGAAGUAAAGUGGACAGUGAUUUGGACAAUGAACGAAGGAGUAAACCAGCGACAUUCAAUAAGGAAAAAAUCCUGAAAGACAUUCGAGAUGACUGCAAGAAACAGCUAGAGAAUGCCAAGGUGAAUCACCCUCGGGUCUUCUUGGUCUCCAACAUUGAUGUGUCUGACUAUGAUUUCCCAAAUCUGGAGAUGACACUUCUGAGGGAGCUCCCAGCCCAGAAGCGCCACAUCUUCAUGCUCUCCCUGCCCAGUAUCACUGAGGCCGCCAUUGACCUGAAGCGGGACUCCCUGAGGCAGAAGGUGUGGCUGGAGGCACUGAAGGCUGGAGCAUCAGCCACCCUCCCUUUGGUGGGUCUGAUCAAUGAUAUAGAUCUGGAGAAGCUGGAGGAGACUUUAACCCUGUACCGGUCUUACUUUGGCCUGGAUGACGCAUCCCUGGAAGCCAUGGCCAAGGAUUUGCAUGUGUCAGUGGAGAAACUCAAGGAAAAUCUGGAGUCUCCACACUUGUUGUCUGUCAAGAAGGGUAACGAGUCUGUGAAGGACAGACUGCUGGAGUUUAUUGAGACACUUUGCUCAGUCACUGGGGGCCCCAUUGCCACAGGCAUUUACUUUACAAAGACCUUCUAUUUGCAAAAUCACUUCCUUGAUACUGUGGCUAAGGAUGCCAAAACUCUCCUUAAAAAAGAGGAGCUUUUCACAGAAAAUGUGGGCUCUGCCGAGGUCUAACACCCUGUAUAUUGGGAAACAAAAUCGGAAUGAUGAGGACCAGACCCCACCGCAUCCUUGGUGCUGGCCAGGCCUUGCCAGCCGGCCUCAUAGUUAAGAGCUCCUCUAAGCAGGCCUGGUAUUCCUGCCCCAAGUAAGGACCCCUGAUGUCUCCACACUCUCAGCCCUGGAGCAACCUUCACCUUAGUGCCUUUCAUGCAAAAUGUAGAAUCAGCUAAAAUUCUGCCUGGGAAAAACAAGGAAGGAGAUCUGGAAUUUGAUGCUGAGAAACACAGGCAUGUCAGUGGUCCAGCUACUCUGCAUCCAAGGCUGGGUACCAUAGUUAUAAUAGUGGCAUUUGGUGUCUCAAUGGUUGGCACCCAGAAUAGGCUCAAUACGUGUUUGAUGUUUGCACAAAUCCAGUCAAUAGUAUUAAUUCUUGAGAGUUCCUCCUGAUAUGUCCAUCUGAGGGUUCCUCUGUUGUCCUUCCAGAACUUAUCAUGUUAUUUCACAAGCUUCUGCAAUGUAACAAGGAUCACGAUGUAGUAUAAGCCCUGGCAGUGGUUUUGCUUAUUUUUUUUAAGUAUGAGUGUGUGGGUAAAAUUGCAGUAUUUCUCAAAUCUCUUGCCUGUCCUUAAUGCAUCUCCGUAUUAAUAGGUGUUUCCAAGGGGUGGAGAGAAGAGGUCCUUCUCCAUAUCAAUAGGUGAUUACAAGGGGAAGCAGGGCAUAUCUGGACUGGAAAGGUUGGAUAGGGUCCCUUUUUCUGCAGCCGGGUCAUGAGAGACACAGGCAAGCAGGAGUGGACUACUUGUAAGCAAUAACAAGUUUCUCCCACUUCAUUUCUCCCUUUGACUGAUUUCGGUUUCAAAGGUAUUUUGACCUAGGCUGGUAGAAUAUUCUCCCCCCAGAGUUACAGAGUACCUGAUUUAGGCUUUGCUGAUGUGCCCAUUUCAAAGAUGCUUAUUUCAAAUAAGCACACUGCUAGCCACAUAACUAGAUGGAGAACUUACCCAAGUGUAUUGUGUUAGCCUAAAGUGUGGUGUGUAAUUUUCAGCUUUUAUAAGUAAUAAACCUUUUUUUUUUUUCAA